UAAGAGGAGUCUUGGAUGGAGUCUGCUGGGCGGAGUGCAAGCAACGUGAUUGGACGGCGCUCGGUGACGCAAGGGACACGAUAACUAGUUAAGAAGGGCAGUUUGGAAGUCUGCAAAAAGAGUGCAGAAGAGGUUGAGACGCGAUCACUGGAGAGAGGCAAAAAAAGACAGAAGGCGAACUAUACAGAAACGGAGAGCCGCCGGGUUGAUAAAGUGUUCCGAGACGCGGAGGUGGCACCAUGGUGCAACACACCGACAACAGCGAGACGGACGGGAGCAUGUCGCGGGAGGCGACGGACUCGGAAGAGAGUGAAUUUAUGGCGUGCAGCCCCGUCGCCAUCAACCCGGACUGGUGCAAGACGGCCACCGGCCACAUUAAGAGACCCAUGAACGCGUUUAUGGUGUGGUCUAAAAUCGAGAGGAGAAAGAUCAUGGAGCAAUCGCCGGACAUGCACAACGCCGAGAUCUCCAAAAGACUCGGCAAACGGUGGAAGAUGCUGAAGGACUGCGAGAAGAUCCCCUUCAUAAGAGAGGCGGAGCGGCUCAGGCUAAAACACAUGGCCGACUAUCCCGACUACAAGUACAGACCCAAGAAGAAACCAAAGCUCGACAGCUCCAAAUCAUCUUCUUCUGCGCCGUCGCCGGAGAAAUGCGGCAAAAUGACCAGCAAGACCCCCAGCAAGAAGUGCUCCAAGAUCAAAACCAAGAGUGGCUCCAAGUCCUCGCACAGCUACGCGGAUGAAUACCCGGCCUUUAAAGUCGCUAAGGUGAUCAAAAGUGAGCCUAGCGACGACGAGGAGGACGAUGACGACUACGAGGAGGACUACCACCACGCUCACCGCCACCACCACCACCACCACCACCACCGGGUCGGGGGGAUUAAGGAGGAGCGCCUGCGGCCGUACAACGUCGCCAAAGUGCCGGCUAGCCCCACGCUGAGCUCCUCCGCGGAGUCAGAAGGGGCAAGCAUGUACGAGGACGUGAGGAGCGCCACCUCCAUCACCACCUCCACUUCCACCACCACCAACAACAGACUCUUUUACAACAUUAAGAACAUCUCCAAGCAGAGCACAUUGCACGCUGCUUCACCAGCAUCCUCCAGGUCUGUUUCUACAUCUUCCUCAUCUUCAUCCUCCUCCUCCUCCAGCAGCAGCAGCUCCUCUUCCGGUGAGGACGCGGACGAUUUGCUGUUUGACUUUAGUUUGAAUUUCGCCCCCAGCGCCUCUGGUUCGGAGAAUUCAGGAAACCUGUCGCUGUCCCUUGUGGAUAAGGACCUGGACUCUUUCAGUGAGGGUAGCCUGGGCUCUCACUUUGAGUUCCCAGACUAUUGCACGCCUGAACUCAGUGAGAUGAUAGCAGGGGACUGGCUGGAGGCCAACUUUUCUGACCUGGUCUUUACAUACUGAUAAAAAAAAACAACAACAACAACAAAAUGUCCUGAUUGAGUUGUCCCCCUGCCUCCUUAGAUCCUUCCUUUUUGCGUGUUGGAGCAAAAGGGGGCAAGGUGAGGUUUGAGAUGCUUAUGAAGCUGGUAGCAAAAAAUGUACAAAAAAAACACAAACAGUCUGCAGACGUUUCUUUUUUUAUCCGGCAGCAUGACAGGGUUUUAUGGAUUUUUCCCUGCCACAUAUGGGGGAAAAAAACGUGAACUUCUAUGCAUCUUAUCCUCUUUUAGACAAACUGCAGGGAGAUGGAAGUAAAUCUGUGAACUGUUCAGGAUGCUAAGUAAUUUCUAAAUCAGAUUUUUUUUUCUAACUGAUUCCGUUUACCUCCUCCGUCUUGUUUUCUCAGCAGCAACAUGUGGAGGAAAAAAGAAAACAUUUUGAUACAUAACAGACCUCAUCUUUUUAAAAGAAAAGUAAGAUAUUUUCAGGCAUAUUUUUGUACAGUCCAAAGGGAAUGUUCUUACUGUGCUUUCAGUGAGUUUCAGGCACUUCUUCCCUUUAUCCUGUUUUUUUUAUUAUUUUUUAACGCAUGCAAGGGAGUCCUGGUUUUAAGGAUUAAGUUAAAUUCAAAUCUUGCAUCAAAAAUUGCCUUGUGAUUUUCAACUUGGUUCUUUUUGUACAGUUGUAGAGCAGAUUUGUUGAGUAUUUGUAGACGAUACAAAAAGGCGUCAUGGGGGAACACAUACCUCAGAGCUGGAACUAGUUUCAAGAUUGUAUAUGUACUGUAAUAUAGUAAAAGUUAGGAGUUUAUGUAUAUCAUACUCGUGAUAUGUGGAUGGGUCCCGAUCGCAGGUGUGAAACUGGAUUUUUUGGUAUUUUUUAAUGGCACAUACUGUUUUUUUCGCCCCCCUUUCUUUCUUUCUCAUUUUUUGUGCAAUAUAAUACUCUUCUUUAAAGAUACAGACCAUCAACAAUUGUAGCAAGUGAUGGAGAAUUUGAGCAGACUUGUGCACUGUCAACAUGUUAUGAUGCUGAAAGCCUGUCCGGGCAGAGAAAUAAUAAAACAAAUCAGCUGGAACUGAUACAAAGCAAAGGUUUAGUAUGGCCUGAUGUGAUGUGACGAUACAUACGACACAUUUAUGUCUUUAUUUGAAUGUUAUUGGAAAUAUUAUAGGAACCAGUUGACUGAUCAUUCUGCAAAAAAGGGCAUGUUGUGAUAACAGUGGUGGUCAAGCAAGCAAAAAAGUACAUUCCAUUCUCUUGUUUCAUUAAAUGAAACUUUAUUUGAAAACGGAAGACUGCCUUCUUUUUUAUCAUAAACCACAAACCUGUAUUUUUGUUUCUUGCACUUAAAAAAGCAGUUUAUUUUUAUGUGGGUCUCACAUACUGUUUGAUAAAGGACAAAAAAAAAUCUGGGCAGUAUAGUUCCUUCACAUUCCUGAGUGUGAACCUGUCAUCUUUUUAAAAAAAAAAUGAAUAAAUAAGAACCUAUCACCCAUCCACUGUCCUUUUUCAGUUUGUGAAUAUAUGUACACAGCUGUGUUAUUUGUUUGGAAAAAAGUAUGAUGCCUAGUUUGUAUUUAGGCAGAUACUCUUUGAGAAAUGGAUGGGCUCAAACUAACAUGUGAAUUCACGUUUAAUAAAAAAAAGAAAGAAAGAAAAGAAACUAACUGCCAGUCU